AGUAACAUCUGGCGAUCGUUGAAUCCCAACAUCCGUCCCAGAAGCGCCAAGACCAUAGACUUGUCGAAUCGAACUCCUUCCAAUCCGCCCUAUAACGGAAUCAUAGACGUCCAAACAAGCACGGAACGCAACAUCCACAAUGAGAGUCGUCCUCUUUUCUUCCAUUGUGCUAUCGGCAUCGGCAUUCCUCUCGCCAUCGCCGCAAAGGAUUGCUCCCACAGCGGUUUUCUCCACGGCCGAAGCAGACAUUGAUGCUUCGGUAGAAAUGGCUAAGGAAGAGCUGUUGCAGCUCUCCAGGGAUUUCAAGGAACAAUACGGAGUGAUUCUCAUCGAUACCAAGGCCAAAGAAUCCUUCCGGAAGGCCGUCGAAAAAUUGGAGAGCGUCGCGGAGGCCUCCACCGACUCGUCCAUGCUUGUCGGGGACUGGAAUCUCGAGUGUAGUUCCGCCAGCAGCGGAGCCAGCUCAAAGAUCGAAAUCGAUACCAACAAAAUUCCGUUCUUCAACGAGGGUCCCCUUAAGGACAUUCGCAGCACCCUGAACGAUUCCGUGGGCGUCGUCCAGCGCAUCAAAUUCGGUGAAAUGUCGAACAGCAUCGACGCCAUCGACCACAUCAUCGACUACAGACCGCCCAACCAACUGUCGUCGUUCCUCAAAAACAUCCCCGAUGCUCUGAAAAAUCUUGACAUCAAUCCGGUAAGUAUGCGGUUGCUGCUGUGGUUUGUACGAUGCUGUAUCGCACCAGUGUGCUGAUGGAGAGUGAUCCAAGCACUGUAUCAUUCAGGGCGUGAAUUCUCGUUAUCAAUGUCAUGGAAUUGCUUUUUAUCUCACAAAAAUAUUGUUUCGGACUUUAGCUGAAAGUGAGUGACACAAAGGUUGUCUUAAAACACAAAGCAGAAGUUGAAGGCACAAUUCCGGUAAUCAAAACAAAACUAAGUCUCGAGGCCGUCGUCGGUAAGUAACAAAACAUAAUUGAGAAUCAUCUCGUUUGCAAAGCAAGAAACCCCACUAUAUCGUGAUAACGUACAACAUGAAUUGAAGAGCCAAACUAUGGUCGUGUUCGUUUGGAUCGGAUCCAUUCGAAUAUAUUCUAUUCGGGAACCAAUAUUCACCCAUCCUUCUUUGUUUUCCCAAUUUUUUUGUUGUCGAUUUGCAACGGAUACGAGUAGUGAACGUUGCGGGUGAAUCCAAAAACCUCGAUCCGAACGGGGAAGAUGUUCUGGGCAUCAACAUUCCUUUUGGUGAAUUCCUCAACGCCGGAUCAUUCGAUACUACCUACGUAGACGACUCGAUGCGAAUCAGUCGGAGCAAGGUCGGUCCCGUGGAUCAAAUCCGCGUAUUCGUUAAGGCAGACAACACCGAGAGCGACGCCGACGAGGAGGUCGUAGCUGCAACUGUUGUCGAGGACGAUGAUCUGGACGAUGAUGAAAUCGUUGAUGAUGACCUCGACGACGACGAAAUCGUUGAAAGUGCAGUUGAUGCCGAGAUUGUUGAGGAGAAGGAAGACAACGAGGACGCGGACGAAGACGUGUCACCUUCUGAUGUUGAGAAUUAAUCAUUCGUAGAAAUUCGUUUAAUUGAAAUGGAACCAGUUUUGUUCAUUGAACGCAACCAGGCACAUCGUAUUUGAUCCUCUAAUAGUUGUACCACUAAACAGAACGAGUACUU